GUUCUCGCUCACUGGUUCUCUCCCUCGCUCCGGUGCAUCAUUGCAGCUGCGUCCUCUCGGAUCCUCAUUACGCCGGCCCGCGUCCGUGGGUGCGCGGCCCCUGCGUCCACGCAUCUUUCGCAUCCCAUCUGCCAGCCGCUCGGCGCCCGCCUCCCCCCUCCGGUACCGCAUUGCCGUACUGCAGGGGCGCAGUGCAUUGCGCCGGCACCGUCAAUAGGUGGACCCCCUCCUGGAGAGAUAAAACCGCCGGCGCCGGCGCCACCAGUCCUUCUGACUGAGUCCUCGGCUCUGGAGUUCCUGCCCAGCAUAUACCCUCAACCCCAAACCAGAGCCCCCACAGUGCCAGCCCCUCCCUCACCCAGGCAGAAUGGGCAAGGAGAAGACACACAUCAACAUUGUGGUCAUUGGCCACGUGGACUCAGGCAAGUCCACCACGACAGGCCACCUCAUCUACAAGUGUGGUGGCAUCGACAAGCGGACCAUCGAGAAGUUUGAGAAGGAGGCAGCAGAGAUGGGGAAGGGCUCUUUUAAAUAUGCCUGGGUGCUGGACAAGCUGAAGGCCGAGCGGGAACGAGGCAUCACCAUCGACAUCUCCCUCUGGAAGUUUGAGACCACCAAGUACUACAUCACCAUCAUCGAUGCUCCAGGACACCGAGACUUCAUCAAGAAUAUGAUUACAGGCACAUCCCAGGCGGACUGCGCAGUGCUGAUCGUGGCAGCCGGUGUGGGCGAGUUUGAGGCGGGCAUCUCCAAGAACGGGCAAACCCGGGAACACGCACUCCUGGCCUACACUCUGGGUGUGAAGCAGCUCAUUGUGGGUGUCAACAAGAUGGACUCCACGGAACCAGCCUACAGCGAGAAGCGCUAUGAUGAGAUUGUUAAGGAGGUCAGCGCCUACAUCAAGAAGAUCGGCUACAACCCAGCCACGGUGCCCUUCGUGCCCAUCUCGGGCUGGCAUGGUGACAACAUGCUGGAGCCUUCACCUAAUAUGCCAUGGUUCAAGGGCUGGAAAGUAGAGCGUAAGGAAGGAAAUGCAAGCGGCGUGUCCCUGCUGGAAGCCCUGGACACAAUCCUGCCCCCCACCCGCCCCACUGACAAGCCCCUUCGUCUGCCUCUGCAGGAUGUGUACAAGAUUGGGGGCAUUGGGACCGUGCCUGUGGGCCGAGUGGAGACCGGUAUCCUCCGGCCUGGUAUGGUGGUGACCUUUGCGCCAGUCAACAUCACCACAGAGGUGAAGUCUGUGGAAAUGCACCAUGAGGCACUUAGCGAGGCCCUGCCUGGUGACAAUGUCGGGUUCAAUGUGAAGAAUGUGUCCGUUAAGGAUAUUCGCCGGGGCAAUGUCUGCGGGGACAGCAAAGCUGACCCGCCUCAGGAGGCUGCCCAGUUCACCUCUCAGGUUAUCAUCCUGAACCACCCUGGGCAAAUCAGCGCUGGCUACUCGCCAGUCAUCGACUGUCACACGGCCCACAUUGCCUGCAAGUUUGCCGAGCUAAAGGAGAAGAUUGACCGUCGUUCUGGCAAGAAGCUGGAGGAUAACCCCAAGUCCCUGAAGUCUGGUGAUGCAGCCAUUGUUGAGAUGGUCCCUGGAAAACCCAUGUGUGUGGAGAGCUUCUCACAGUACCCACCUCUCGGCCGCUUCGCCGUGCGCGACAUGCGGCAGACUGUGGCCGUGGGCGUCAUCAAGAACGUGGAGAAGAAGAGCGGCGGCGCAGGCAAGGUCACCAAGUCCGCACAGAAGGCUCAGAAAGCGGGCAAGUGAAGCGCGGGCGCCCGCGGCGUGGCCCUCCCCAACGGCGCCGCGCCGCGCCCCCAGCCCCGCCCCCGGCACUGGCCCCGCCCCCGCCCCAGGCGCGGCCCCUCUGCCCCGACCCCCUGCCAGGCGCAUGUCUGCACCUCCGCUUGUAAGAGGCUCUACGUCAGCGACUGGAUGCUCGCCAUCAAAGUCCAGUGGAAAUUCUUCAAGAGGAAAAGCGCCCCCGCCCCAGGCUUCCGCGCCAGCGCUCACCACGCUCAGUGCCCGUUUUCCCAAUAAACUGAGCGACCCCAGAGCCGUGUGUGCCUACUGCUGGGGCCCUGUUUCUCAAAGUCCCGUCGUCCAAGGUGUUCAGUCUGGCACUUCUCACCGCUGCCAGGUGACCUUGCAAACUGCCCUCCUAUGCUUCAUGGGUAGGCGGUGGGGCCCGCUGCGUGGGUGCUGGGAACCCCCAGCUAGGUGAAGAUGGAAAAGCCAAAUGGCUUUCAUGGCUAUGACCCUUUUUGGGUGCCUCGGUGAGAUGUGCAAGACCGAGUAGAACCAAAACUGACUGGGUGUCCUGAUGUGCCCCACAAGGAACCGUGAAACCUGAGAGCUCCUCCCCACGAGUGGGCACACACUUGCUUCCCCCUAGAUUUCUGGAUUCUGACAGAAGCCCAUCUUGCUCCCACUCCUGCCUGCUGAGCCAGCCCCAUGUCUAUUCUAGUUCUCCUUGGCCCAGAUCCUCAAUCCUUAAAUUGCAGCAACACCAGCCCCAGAAGCCAGGAGGUCAGUGACUUAGGUCACAUGGGCUGGAAUUGACCCACCUGUCCCAGAACAUGCCAUGACUUCAGUGGCCAGGCAGGACAGAUGGUAGGACUACUCUCCACUCACUCUUGUCCUCUCAAGGCCUAUUCUUGUUAUUGCAGAUCAAGGUUGGGUAGGGUGAGCAGAAUUCCUUCACAGAGCCAGAGUAAAGCUCUUUGGAGCCUCAGGCAGAGUACUGGUUCUUAAUAUUCCAUGUUCCCCUUGUGUCAGUCUCCUAGGUCUGCUACAAAUGGCCAACCACAGUGACUUUGGAGACACAUAAUGGUGCGAUCAGCACCCUUGGGCAAGAAGGGAAACCACUAUAGAUCUCUUCUUCCCUCCUGGCUUUGUUGGCACAUCUGGGCUAAUGGCCCAACCACUGCAGUCUCUGCUUUUUGGUCAUGUACCCUCAUCUCUUCUAGAGCAUGAACUCUCUCUCCUAUAAGGACACCAGUGACUACUUAGAGCAUGUCUGGAGAACCUAGAUAAUAGUCUACCUUCUUGAGUGCAUCUUCAGAACCUUUCCUUGCACAUAGCUGCUGACCCAGGUUCAUCGGGUCAGGCUCCUGAUACCUUCAGUACACUCAGCCUCUAUGCUAGAUGAGGACAGCUGCGAUGGGCACACAGUCCAAGGAGUUCUCCUACCUAACCACAAAACAGGAGAGGCACCCAUAAUGAUGGGAUAGGAAGGGAGGAAGACUUUCAUGGCCAGGGAAUGAUGUGUUUGGAAAGGUGGUUACCCAUGGCUGUGUUGACAACCCACAGACCCGGACAGGAUGGGUUUGAACUAAUGAGUGUCAGGCCUCUGAGGGAAGGCUAUUGGAUACAGAUACCCAAGAGAAUAUGAACUUUAGAGGGACAUCAGAUACUUUUUAAUAUAAAUAUUUGAGAUAGAUAUAGUAAAAAAAAAAGAGUUCAUUGUUUGUCUGGAACUGUGAUUUGGAAUUCUUGUAUUUUGUCUGAUGACCGUAUCCAAGGACACUAGGUUUCUCCUAGACACCUGGCCAAUUCUAGGUCUUUCCUAGGGCCACCAUUAUUGACAAGAUUGAUCAGGUAGACCGAGUCAGUCACAGGAAGUUGUUUUAACAGUUAGUCCUCUUAGGAUUGGGAAAACUAAGGAAAUUCAUUAGACUGAGAUGGGACAAAUGUGAGAUACAGCCCUUGGCUGGGGUUAAAGGAAACCUGGUAGGCACACCCUCCUCAUCCUCCUGUCCUUGGUUGCUAUAGCAAAUGUUGGUGUUUUCUGGGAAUCCUGGCUACCCAAAAUCACAGGUUGGCCCAGUUCUGACCAGCCAGCUGGUCAGAGUGCACACAGUACAUCACAGGGUGGACACAUUUCAAGGACUCCCUGGAGAUCUGGGGAUGACUGGAUGUAGUUCUGGUCCUCAGUGGAGUCAUGGGUAGAUGACUGCCUAUUGGCCCUGUUACCCUAAGUACCUUUAGGGAAAGUCUUCAAGCCUUGGGCCUCUCUUCAGGGUUGUGGUGAUAAUGAAGGCAGGCAUAAAUUCCUGAAUCUGAAGCCUGAGGGGUUCUGGGCUUUACUGUGGUCUAUUCCAUCUCAGAAGUUCAUGGUAGACUGGAGGAGAAAGAACUCUCAAGGGAGCUCAAGUGUCUGUAGUCUGUGGUCCCAACACAUGUGGUCACCUCUAAGACUGCCAGGACAUUCCCUUUGACCUCUGAGUUAGGGUUCCCCAUGUCCAUCCCACCUAUAUCUCUUCAGAGCGCAAGGGCUGGUUCUCUACUUCCCACUGGGUUUCUGGGGAGUUCUAAGGGCUCCCCACACUUAGGCCAGAAGGAACAUCAGAAGACAGUGACCAUACAUCUGAGCUGAAAGAUAAAGAGGUAAGAAGUGCAUCUGCUUGCCUGAGGGAUGCCCAGCACUGGCUUGAAGUGUGACCACACAGCAACUGUUGCACAUUCCAUGCCUCUGCUGUGGCCUGGGUCAGGGCUGAGAUGGAGAGGAACUUAGAGCAGACAGAACUCAUGGCAAGUGGGAGGCAAGGAAAGAUGGUACACACAGGGAGACUGAAGGCUGAUUUCUAGCCAUUGGCUUGAGGUACACAUUAGAUAGAUAGACAGGUUGUGGAAUAAGAGUGUAUCACCACAUCUUGAGGAUGCCCAGGGGCCUGGCAGGGGAGACAGUUUCAGGGUUGAAGUGAUCGUUGAGCUAAUCCAGGCUGGGAAGGUGACCAUGAUGGCAACCUCUGGGGAGAGAGACACAAUCUUGAGGCACAUUCCUGGAGGCAGUGUAUAGGGUAGGGUGAGGGCUGGGGAAUGCCCUCCUAUGCUGGGUUAGUGAAUAAUUUACAGUAAGCUCCACCAACCCUGACCACCAGCCUCUCUGCACACUUUCAAGGUCUCUGAAAGAUUCAUGAGGCAGUGACAGAAUUGAUGGGCCUCAGGGUUGCUGAGUUGGCCAAAUAUGAUUUGUCUCUUGCCUGGCCUCCACAGGAAUGCUGCACCCUCCUAUAAUGUUUGUAGAGGGACCUUUCUUCCCUUCCCCUGGAUCCCGAAGGUGACAGGCUGUUGUCUGGAUGGUGGCUUCUGAGUCAUCCCUUAAGGACUGAGCCUUGUGGCAACUUUUGGCCCUGGAGCAUUUCACAUUAUGUGAUUAUAGUAAUGACCUUCUUUGAAAAUAGCUGUGGGUACCCAUAAGAGCUUCUGAAUGGGAUUGUGAGCAUUCGUGCUUGCCAAUUGUGCUUGCUGUGGGCCUUGGCCUGUGGGCAGUAUAGCCUAGGUGUGGAGCCCUAGGUGUAGGGCUGUGUAGCAAAGAACCUGAAGGACUGUUUCAGAGAUGUUAGAGAUAGCAUACGUAUGCACAUGUAUAUGCCUGCGUGAUCAUGCUUGUUUGCCAGUAUUUGUGUGUAUGUGUGUGUGCGCGUGCGCGCGUGCGCGCGUGCACACGUGCAUGCUAGGAGGGAGUCUUCUGGGAGGCUGGACCAAAACAUCACUGAGGAAGCUGUUUUUCUCAUGGAUAGAGAUAGUGUGGAUCAGGAGAACCGUGCUGGCACAUAUAUGGGCAUCCAUUUCUAGAUUCUGUUUAUUAGUGAAAGGAAAAUCCAUUCCCCAGAGAUGGGGACUGUAAAUGGAGUCUGGGGAGCUGAGAAGUGCUGACUCAGCUCUGGCUUCCUUUGCUGUGCCUAAUGUCUCAUCUGGGGUUGGCUGGGAGAAGAGGAAGAAGGCCAUGGAGAGCAAUCAGGCCACUGAGGCUGCAUCAGGCUGCAUGGGGCUGAGAGCUGCUCAGAUGUGGUGUUGGCUAUGGUUCCUGCUACUGGGUUGGUCAGCUCAGUCCCACCAAACCAGAGUCAGUGCUUAGAUGGAGGCUCUAAAUUUGAUAGGAAUCACAGAAACAAGGAUAGAGGGAGAACACAGAGUCCUAUUUGUUCAUUCUCUGUCCCCAAGUGGCAAAGGAGGGCAGAGGAUGAGGCCUUUGUCUUGGCUACAGUGUAGGGAUUGGCCACUAUCUGGCUUCAGUUCCCUCCUCCUCCCGGCACUGACUUGCUCUGUUCUUUGGAAGAUGCUACAGCACCAAGGAUCAGGAAUGCUGCAGUUCCUAAGGGCCUUUUUGUUACAAGAGGACAGACUGGGUGGGCUGGAGAUAGUGAUGUAGCAAGAGCUUAGGGAUAUAGCAGGAACUAAGGUGCAUCAGGAAUCAGGAACUUGCAUAGAAACAGGGGGUGUAGCAGAAAUACAACAUAGCUAGGGCUAUAGUAGGAACUGGAGGUAUAGUAGAGGACACUGGGGAUACAACAGGAGUUGGGAGUACAGAAGGAGCUGAAGGUAUAGAGGGAUCCCAGACUGUGGCUGGACCUGGCUAUGCAGCUAUAAGCAGGAUUUGUAUAAUGGGGUUGGAGAAGGACUCAUGGGGUAGGGAGAAUCUCACUUUCUGAAGAUACCAAAAAAAGGCUGCCACCCUGCCUGGUUCUAGGUGCCAACAUCCUUAGUGGAAAGGGUCUUCAGCCCAGGCCUGUCUGGUCAGGGUAAAGGACUUUCUUGUAGUCCCACCUCCCAGAAGGAUGAGGCUGCUUCUGUCUAGCAUUUCGGCCCUUUGAUCCCCCUUACCGCUUUCCUUUCCGAGAUGCAUCCCUGAUGGCGUCGGUUUUUUUGUCCUGAGUGCUGAGGAAGGCAGAGCCUGGCAGAGAUGCGCCUAGCCAGCCAGAGCCGGCUCAUUUAUUUUUACCUUAACACUUACAUAACACUUCUUCUGCAAGGCAUCGUUCCAAUACUUCACAAAUCUCAUUCCACUGUCAUAAUCGUGCAGGGUGAUUGUCUUAUUCCCAUUACAGGUAAAGACACAGAGGCUCAGAGACCUCCCCAAAACCACUCCUGGUGGUUAAGCUCACAGCCAUGAAGCACAGGUCCCACUGCCCUGCAGUGCUCUCAAGGGAGCGUUUCCCCACCAAGCCUGAGAACAGAAACUGCAGUUGCUUUGCUGAAGUUGGAUGCUGGGCUUGUGCCAGCCCUUGCUGGAUGUCCUCAAAGCCCUUCCUGGGGCUGGAUUUUCUUCUUCUUCUUCUUCUUCUUCUUCUUCUUCUUCUCCUUCUUCUCCUUCUUUUUUUUGUUUUUUUUUUUUGAGACAGGGUUUCUCUGUAUAGCCCUAUCCGCCUGCCUCUGCCUCCCAAGUGCUGGGAUUAAAGGCGUGUGCCACCACACCCGGCAGUUUUCUUCUUUCACAUGCCUCCACUCUGCCCACCUUUCUCAAGAAAGUUGUCAUCUCUAGGCUUUGGUGUACUCAGAACAGUGUUGGGGACAGUGAGGCUGUUUCAUGCUAAGUUACAAAUCACUAUGUACCAAAAACAGGAACAUUUUAAGAAGGAUACAUUUUCUGACAUUACUAGGAGAUACAGUCUCACAGAAAUCUCCAUGAUCCUAUGGCUCUCACAGUCUUUUCUGCUCCCUUACCCUUGGGUACAGGAGUUAAUUGUUUUGUAGAUCUGUCUGUUGGGACUGGGCUUUGAAACUCUACAUUCUGAUUGGCUGUGGUUUUCUGUAAUAAUAUCAAUCUGUUACAGAGAGCUAUUUCCUUGAUGAAGAGUGGGAACUACCCUUAUUUGUGGGUAUAAGGGCAAAUAUUUAGAGUGCUGUACUGGCUGGUUUUGUGUAUCAACUUGACCCAAGCUAGAGUUAUCACAGAGAAAGGAGCCUCCCUUGAAGAAAUGUCCCUAGAAGAUCCAGUUGUAAGGCCUUUUCUCAAUUAGUGAUCAAGGCGGGAGGGCCCAGCCCAUUGUGGGUGGUGCCAUCCCUGGGCUGGUAGUCAUGGGUUCUAUAAGAAAGCAAGCUGAGCAAGCCAGGGGAAGCAAGCCAGUAAGUAACAUCCACCCACAGCUUCUGCAUCAGUUCCUGUCUCCAGGUUCCUGCCCCGUGUGAGUUCCUUCCCUGACUUCCUUUGAUGAUGAACAGCAGUGUGGAAGUGUAAGCUGAAUAAACCCUUUCCUCCCCAA